GAUUGAGGCGCGCGAUUGGGGCGGGGAAAAUGGCGGUGGCUGUGCGAACCCUGCAAGAGCAAUUGGAAAAAGCAAAGGAGAGCCUGAAAAACGUCGACGAAAACAUAAAGAAAUUAACCGGCCGGGACCCAAAUGAGACUAGGCCUGCACAAGCAAGGCGACUGUCCCUCACAGGCCCUAAUGCGAUUGGAGGUAGAGGCCGUGGUGGGAUUUUACUAAGGCGUGGACUCUCUGAUAGUGGAGGAGGUCCCCCAGCCAAACAGAGAGACUUUGAAGGUGCACUCAACAGGCUGGGUGGGGAGCGUCGCCAAAGAAGAGAGUCACGCCAGGAAAGCGAUGCAGAGGAUGAAGAUGAUAAAAAGCCAGCAUUGCAGUCCUCGGUUGUUGCUACCUCCAAAGAACGUACACGCCGGGAUCUUAUACAAGAUCAGAACAUGGAUGAAAAAGGCAAACAAAGGAAUCGGCGUAUGUUUGGCCUGUUGAUGGGUACUCUUCAAAAGUUUAAGCAAGAGUCAAAUGUGGCAACAGAGCAGCUAAAAAGGCGCCAUGAAAUAGAACAAAAGCUUGAAGUGCAGGCUGAAGAAGAAAAGAAAUUGGUGGAGAGUGAGAGACGUGAACUCUUUGAGGAGAGGCGGACUAAACAGACAGAGCUACGUCUUCUAGAACAGAAGGUCGAGCUUGCACACCUGCAAGAAGAGUGGAACGAUCACAACAAAAAAAUUAUAAAGUAUAUAAGAACAAAAACAAAGCCGCAUCUGUUCUACAUACCUGGCAGGAUGUGUCCACAGAGCCAAAAGUUUUUUGAUGAAUCUCAGAAAAAACUUAAUGCAAUAUUUGAAAGUAGGCGGCUUGAGUUUGCUGAGCAGUUAAACAAAAUGGAAGCUAGGCCUAGGCGUCAGUCCAUGAAAGACAGAGACCAAGAGAAGAAGCCAGAGGAACAGAAUGAAGAACAUACGGAGGAUCGAGAAGAUGGUAAGAUGUCUCGGCAUAAUAGAGAGGUUGAGACGGGUAACCAGCCAAAUGAUGUAGAUAUGGAGGAUACUCUAGAGGAAGAUAAAGAGGUUACUAUUAGCAUGAUAGAUGUAGAAAUGGCACAGGAUGCUAGAGGAGUUGAAGAUCUAGAAGAUUCUAAGCAGAUGGAGGAAAAGAUAGAAGAAGAAGGCAGAGUUGAGGUAGAAGAAUCCCAGAAUAGUCAGUGGGAAGAAAGGGAAGUAGAAAUGGUUGAAGAUGAAGUCAAGGAAGAGGAAACAAAAGAUGAAAUAAAACAGAAUAUUAGUGAGGAUCAGCAAACAUUUGAGAUUAGCCAAUCAGAGGUAUUAGACUUGAUGGAGAAUUUAAAGGACAAUGAGGAACCAAGUGAGGUUCAGGCAGAAAAUAAUUUUACAUUUGAAGCUGAGACAGAAGCUACAAAGGAACCUGAAUCUGAGAGGGAGGUUGAAUCCCCAGAGAGACUACAGAAGGAGCCGGAUUUGAUGUUCCAACCACCGGCCAAUUAUGAGUCAAGGACUCAGCCAGAACACCACUUUAAUGUGGAUGAAGAGCCUUUCCCUGAAAAAGAACAGAUGGCUGCAGUGAUUGUGACUGAGGCACAAGUAGAAUAUGCCCCAAAACCAGCCUCCGUCCAUAAAACUAAAAGGAGUAGUAGCAAGGGAAGAAAUAAAAACAAAAUGGGUAAAAGCAGAAGUAGUAGUAGCAGUAGUUCGAGUAGUAGUUCUAGCUCUAGUACUAGUGGGAGCAGUUCUAGUAGUAGCAGUAGCCAAAGCAGUUCAAGCAGCAGUAGCAGCAGCAGUGGAAGCAGCAGCCGAGACAGCAGCAGUAGUAGUAGCAGCAGCAGUAGUGAAAGUCGAAGCCGCAGCAGAGGUCGUGGGCAUGCCAGAGAUGAAAAACGCAGGAGGAGUGCGGAGCACAAGAGGAGAGAUGGAGCAGGUGUAGAGAGAAGUCACAAGUCUUCAAAAGGCAGUGGCAGAGACUCCAAGGGAUCCAAGGACAAAAGUUCAAGGUCUGACAGGAAGAGGACUACUUCAGAAGGUAGUCGGUCAGGCAAGCGACCCUCAAGAAAUGAAAGAGACCGUAAAUCAGACAGGAAGGACAAAAGACGUUAACAUAUUUUGACAUGUGCUUACAUAUUUUAAAUCAUCCCCAGAAAAGAUGGUGCUGCCUUAGCAAUUGCAUGAUAACCAUUUUGAAAAGCACAGACUUAUUUUUCUUUAACUUUUUUUUCUGCAAAAUUUUGUAAUAGGUUGAUGUCAGCUGAUCAAUUUAAAUAAAACAAAAAAAGUAAAGCAUUUUACC